AGCACGUUUUAUUUCUGUGUCUCGGCGCAGGUGUGACGUCAUCAGGGCGCGUCGCAGUGACGACUGCAGCUCGAGGAAUCCUCGUGCGUUGUUUUAUCUUCGUAAAUCUGUACGAAUAAAGCAUGAGCUCUCAAAUAACGUGUGUCGGAUGGGUGAAGCGCGGAGUCGCCAAAGAAACGCCGGAUAAAGUUGAGUUGAGCAAAGAAGAGCUGCAACGCAUCAUAUCGGAGACUAAAGAGGAGCUAGGGGAUCCUGGUGAUGGUGAGGAGGAGGAGGUUGAUGAAGGUGUGGUCAGUGGCCUGGAUGUCAGUGAAGAGGCAGCUGUUCCGUCUGCUAGUGAAGAAAUAAAAGAGGAGAAAGAUGAGGAAGAGGUUGAUGAGCUUGCAGAGUAUGGACUGGACAAUUAUGAUGAAGAAGACAUCGCUACGUCAAAUCUUGGAGACAGUCUGGCAGGACUGACAGUGUUUGGCACCAAUGAAGAGGAUCCAUACAUCACCAUCAAAGACACAGAUCAGUACGAGCGGGAGGAUUUUCAGAUUAAACCCACCGAUAACCUGAUUCUAGCUGGACGGGCCGAGAAAGACUGCUGUAACCUGGAGGUUUACGUGUUUAACUCCCAGGAAGACUCUCUGUAUGUGCAUCAUGACAUCCUGCUGCCCGCGUAUCCGCUCUGUGUGGAGUGGCUGAACUUUGACCCCAGUCCAGAGGAAGGACAAGGGAAUUACGCGGCUGUAGGGAGCAUGACGCCUGUGAUUGACGUCUGGGAUCUGGAUGUAGUGGACUGUUUGGAGCCGGCCUUCUCACUCGGCAGCAAGAAGAAGAAGAAGAAGGCGGCGGCAAAGAAGGCGGCUGAAGCCGUCGACGGACACACGGAUGCUGUGCUGGAUCUGUCCUGGAACAGACUGGUCAGGAAUGUUCUAGCGAGCGCGUCUGCGGAUGAGUCGGUGAUCCUGUGGGAUAUGGAGAAGGGAAAACCAGCGGCGACCCUCACAAAACACACAGAUAAGGUUCAGACGCUGAAUUUCCACCCGUUUGAGGCUCAAACUCUCAUCAGCGGAUCAUAUGACAAGUCUGUGAUCCUGUAUGACUGCCGCAGUCCAGACGACAGCCAUCGGAUCUGGCGCUUCAGCGGACAGGUGGAGCGCGUCGUUUGGGAUCAUUUCUCUCCGUGCCACUUCCUGGCGAGUACAGAGGACGGCUUCGUUUAUUGUCUGGACGCUCGUUCAGAUAAACCUGUGUUCACGCUCCGAGCUCACGAUGGAGAAGUUUCAGGGAUGGAUCUGAGCAGUCAGAUCCGCGGCUGUCUGGUCACGUCUUCAGCAGACAAACACGUGAAGAUCUGGGACAUCAUGGGAGACAAACCCACCCUGAUCCACUCCAGAGACAUGAAGAUGGGCGUUGUGUUCUGCGGCUCCUGUUGUCCAGAUCUGCCAUUCGUCUGUGCGUUUGGAGGACAGAGGGAUGGGCUGCGCGUCUGGGACAUCAGCGACGUCGCUGCAGUCGCGGAGGCUUUCAGCAGUCGGGAACGUUUGGUGGUGAAUACAGUAUCCGGAGCGUCCGGCGGUGUCAUGGACGUCUCAUAACCACCUGCAUAAUCUGAGACUGAAUCAUCGACUCACAGAAGACUGAGAAACAUGGAUCAGUGCUUCAUAAUGAAUAAUACGAACAGCAUCUCUCAAUAUACAGAACAGACUUAUCUUCUGACAUGUUAUCUUCUGAUGUAUAUGUGCUGAUAUCAGAACUUUGCUGUCUUUGACAAAUGUUUGAAGCCACUUUCCUUUGAGGGAAUCUCAAUGAUGAUUGAAAUUUCUCUGCAUACUUAUUUUUUUUAGGAAGUGUAUAAAUAAUUAUGAUGAAUAAUUUCCAAUAUAAAACUAUGGAAUCCAAGGCAUUUGUCUUACUCUGUAUUUCAAAAUUAUUUCUGUCACCAUUUAACGAUUCCGAACUGAUCAGUUCUGAAAAAAACAAACGCUUUAAUGAUUUCAUAAAUGAUUGUUGAAUAAAACGAUCUCUGUGGCGGUGUUUCGCUGCCCUCCAGUGGCGCAUUGCAGUACUGCUGGUGUUGAUACGUUUAUUUUUUGCAACUUUAAAUAUUAUCUUUCAUAAAUGUUAGAGAAAAAUAAUUGGCUACAUGCUUUUAUUUUAUCCUAAUGAAUACAUCUUAUUUUGUCCAUGAUUUUAUUUUAUCCUUUAGAAUAAAACGAUCUCUAGGGCGGGUUUCGGUGCCCUCCA